AUGCAUGUCGCUCGUCUCUCCCGACUCGAGGGAAUGUUGCAUGCUGCAUGUCGCUCGAUGGCCAUCUUCUAUUUAUGGAGGGACGGAACUUGGUCAGCCGCUGUUACAAGCUGGUUCGGGUUCACUAAUUGUGUAAUGGGUAGCCAGAUAUGUGUAGGAGGAGAUACCGAGGAGGAGGAGGAGGAGGAGGAGGAGGAGGAGGAGGAGGGAGACACGCAGAGACGCGGGGAGUAG